GUUAUACAUUCGAGCCCAAAUUGACAAGCUGAUCACAGAUAUAGGGACAUAGUACAUGUGGCAGAAGAUGAAGAUCGCCCCUGCAGAUUCCCUGUGUCGCGGUGCAUUACCUUGAUUGGUGGAGCAGAUAGCAUACGCCGCAGAUGACGGAUCCAAGGGCGCACAUUGCGCCAUCUCUUCCUCCCUCAGCAGCUCACCGCUCAAAUGGAGUAGGGAGUAGCGCGGGUAGCGCUGUAGGAAGGCAAGAGCUUGUGCGUUCCAGUAGCAUCUCUUCGGCAUCAUCAGCCGGGGGUCGACCUUCCUUCAGCGGACACGGUCCGACGGUUGCGGCCUUCCAAUCAGAAGCUGGGAUCCAAACACAGCCUCUGCCCGCAGCUCAACCACCACCACCACCGCCGAGGGGCGAGGCUCGAGGGGUUUCUGCUCAGAUAGGGUCUGCAUACUCCCAUCAAGCAGGGCGCUCUUCGCAUGCUUACCCUUCGGUGUACGUCCCUCCACCACCCAUGGCUCUAAACGUCGGGGAAAGUAGCGCGCCUGUUAGUUACGCUCAGACUAGUUUUGCCACGUCCGCGCCUUCAGCUCAAGGACGUGGCGCAGGUACCCAGCAUGUUCCUCCUACCUCCCUUUCCAACAGCGCGUCCGGACACCCCCUCUCGCUCAAAGUCAUGCGCAUCUCCCAACCAUCGCUCGCUACAUAUGAACGGCCUUACUUCGAAGGCGAGGAUUAUCAAGCCGCGGAGGCUGCCUUGCUAAAUUCUGGGGCUUUCGAUCGGGAGAAGGAGCAAAAAGCUCUCUGGAACGCUCUUGAUCCUGAAAUGACACAGGAGGAGAUCAAUGAGUUGUUGCGCUACAGCUCUUAUCAUCACGCACCGACGAGCGCUGAAGACGAAUCUCAUUGGCGAUCAACUUUGCGACAGGUGCAGGAAGCUUGGCAUCAGGCUGCUCGUGACGAGCUGGUAGUCAAUGAGCCCCCUCCACUUGAGUCACAGAAAUAUAACUCCUCUCAUAUCAACGAUCAAAGGAUGAGCACUGUGAGGGAUUGGCCCAUCUCAAACAUACUUAUGCUGCCUGCAAGCUUCGGGACAGUCUACUUUGGAGAGACCUUUUCGGCUUUUGUCUGCGUAAAUAACGAGUCUCCGUCGGAUGUAGCCGGCGUGUCCUUGCGGGUGGAGAUGCAGUAUGGACCAGGUGCAGCUGCUUCGUCAGCGCAAUCAAAUUUGGAUCCUGCGCAAGCCGCCCGAACAUACACUUCUCUCCUUACUCACAUCCACAUCCCUCCUGCCGCGUUAGACGAAACGGACGAUCCGGCCGGCAGCAUUUCUAUUGAAUCCAAACGGCUGGAACAGGGCCAAAAGCUGCAAACCGUUGUCAAGCACGACAUUUCUCAGGUCGGGCCACACGUCUUAAUCUGCACUGUGACCUACUAUACCCCAACCAGUGGUGCAAACGCUCCACUCUACCCCACUCAUUCUUCGGAGACGCCACCGCAGCAGAAGCAAGAGUAUCGAGAAUCUACUCUUCGUAAACUCUACCGGUUCAACGUCGCCGAGUGCCCUCUAUCUGUGCGCAUGAAGACACACGUACCCAUCUCUCCCGGAGAGCGCUUGCAUAAGAGUCACCACAUACGGGAAAAAGUGCUGCUUGAAGUUCAAGUUUCCAAUCUUGGCGCUGAGGCGGCUGCGCUUCCGAUGGUCAUCGAAGACAUACGCCUGUUCGAUAGUGAUUCAGAUGCGGAGAACAGGACCAAGCCAAGUCGAUGGUGUUGGGAGAGGGUCGAUCGGCCAGAGCUCCGUAGCAGCAAUUGGAGUGAGGGCCUCGAUGUUUUGGUACACGGGAAGCAAGCUGCGACAACGAAGAAGCGCAGCGAUUGCGGGCCGAUCAUGGUUUUACCGAAUGAAUCGUAUCAUUUUCUUUUCGCGCUCUACCCCUCAACAAAGACGCAAAACAUUCCUCUGCCACCAUAUCCCCCGUCCUUUGCCAGCCCGUUGACACUACAUGCAAGGUCUGGUGGCGUGUCCUAUCGCUCAUCAUCUUACAGCUUCCAACAGGCGCCGGUACUGCCGCAGGGCCGAUCCCACGCCGGCGGCCAAUCGCGGUCUGCCGUCCCCGAGCACCUCCCAAACAGCCCCAGUCCCGAGGAGACAUCCGUGCGGGCUGCAUUACCUCCUUCUGAAGUAUCGAACCUUGCGGGAGACAUGACCACACGCGAGCAGCAUAAUCUUGCGCAACCGUUCACCAUCUCGACUCCUCUAGGCAAGAUUGAUGUCCGCUGGCGAACGACAAUGGGUGAAGCUUGCCACUUGCAGACGCCCAUGUUUAUGCAUGAAGUGAAGCACGAAGCCCCAGUCUUCUGCUCGCCAGAACUGGAGGCGCUUGUCCCGUGCAGCGCUUCCAUGACACCCCAGCCGGACGCUAGCGUACGGCCUCCGCCCGUGCCGAAGAGCAUCGGAAUCGAAGCGCCGAUGCUACUUCAGUGUCAUGUGCGCGUGGUUGAGUUGCCACAAGAGCCAACAAUUCUCGAGCCUUUCUACAUCCGCUUCCAGAUUUGGGUGCGCGAUGCGCUGCUCAUCUGUACAGCUACUUCGCACUCGCGCCACGACGACGAUGCGGACGAUAGUGAUGAUGACCGCCCGCUAAGCGAGGUUGCCAAGAGUUCGAACAUGUCCUCUCGCGCUUCGCUAGCGCCAGAUAGCCGUCGUGGCUCACUACAGCAAUCGUCCUUUGCCUCCCAGCACCAGCAACAGCACCAGCAACAGCACCAGCAAUCAAUGUCGACGUUGGUGACGAGGGUGACACAGAACCAGCAGCAAGGUCGAUGGAUCCGCCUUGCGGUGCAAUUCACCAAGCCAAGCUUCCCGACGGCGGCCGAAGGGGUCCAAGCGGCUACGUUAUCGUCGCUGCCUACUCCCGUUCAGCUGGCAUGCAGGUCGUCGAUGCCAGCGCAAAAGCGUGGCUACGCAGUGCGUUCUACGGGCGAAGCAUCGACUAUGUCGCCUUCCACCCCUUCGUCCUCGUCGGCCUCACCUUGGUCGUCACAUUCCGCCAGCCGGCAGGCGUCAUGGGCGACACGAUCUACGUCUCUUGGAUCAGAUAGCAGACCGGACACGCCGACUGCAUCAGGUAGCGUGCCUGCGAGUGGCGCUGGGCCGCCGCCUUCUACCGCACCAGCAGACAGGACGGACGUGCCGCCACUACCACCGAAGAGCCCUCCGCUGGGGAGGGGCAUGGAGCUACCCCCCCUCCGCAGGACUCACCCUUCACUCCCACAGCCGCAUGUCGACGUCACAGACACUGCUCUGGAUAUUCCGGAUGAGGAAGUGCACAAGCUCGGCAACAGCCUCGAGUUCCUGCCGCCGCUGCGGCUCUCUGCAUCGUCUGCCGUGCUCGACAACGCCGAUGCUGAUGGCGAGGGCGAUGGGCAGCAGAAUUCCAUCGCGGGCGAAGCAACUGCAGAGCUCUGCGCGAUGUAUUUGUCCGAAGUGCAGGGCCUGGCCAAAGUCGGCGGGCUGCGCAUCUUCCUGAUGGGCUGGUGGAGCGACCGGGACCAGGCGCAACGCAAAUCGGAUGCGCAGCGGGACGAUCCGGGACUCCAGCUCGCCGACCCGCUUGUCGUGAAGGACUUGGCGCUUUCGACCAUCGCGGAAGUGCUCAUUGGCGGAUUUUGACGCACGUUUGACACGGCGGUAUUGCUUGAUGUAUGCUGUGCUUUGCACAAAGCGCAGCCUUUUCUCAAAGUCGUGUGUGCAUGUGUGUGUACUGCAUGCGAGUGCUGACCAUAGUUCGGCUAGCUAAGCUACAAAGAAAAUGAAUGGCUUC